AUGGAUGACCCCGAGAACUGGCCGUGGCUUGUCGCCCGGCUCGACCUCAACCAGAACAGUGACCCUCGCAUCAACUCUACCCGCAACGACUCAAACGGCCAGGGCACCCUCAGCGCGACGGCGAACAACAAAAGCCCCUCGCUGCCCAAGCUCGGCGGUACAUUCAUCCCUAUUGGCAUCAUUCUCGGAGUAACCUCGAUCUUGUUCCUAUUCCUGCGCCCUCGACUGAAGCGCGUGUAUGCACCGAGAACCAUUCGCGCUAUCCGAAGACCACUGGAGCCGAGUCCAGAGCUACCCAAUGGCAUCUUCAACUGGGUGGUACCGUUUUUUAAAAUUCCUGAUACAUAUAUUUUAAACAAUGCCACCAUCGACGGCUUCUUCUUCAUCCGCUAUCUCAAAGUACUACGGAAUAUUUGCUUUGUCGGAUGUUUGCUCGCUUACCCGAUUUUAUUUCCGAUCAAUGCGACUGGCGGCAAUGGCAAUAUCCAGCUUGCCAUGCUAACGAUUGGCAAUGUCAAGGACCCCAACAAGCUGUAUGCGCAUCUAUUCGUCGCCUGGGCGUUCUUCGGGUUUGUUCUGUUUACCAUCGUCCGAGAAUGCAUCUACUACGUCAACCUCCGUCAAGCGUAUCUGUCGUCGCCUCACUACGCCCAGCGCAUCUCAUCGAGAACCAUGCUCGUUACGGGCUUGCCUGAUAAAUACCAGGACGAAGCGCGGCUGCGAAAGCUUUAUGGGGACUCGGCCAAAAGAAUAUACCUUCCUCGAAGCAGCAAAGUUCUUGCUAAACUUGUAAAGGAGCGGGAACAGACAGCCAAGCGACUAGAGGAUGCCGAGGUGAAGCUGAUUAAAAUGACGAACCAUGCACGCAACCGCAACUGA